AUGGCAACUUUCCAUUUGGAGAAAUCAGUUAUUGCCAACGGUUCCUUGGGAACGGUGAAGGCCAUGAAGAGGUACUGGAAUCAGCCCGUGUCAGACAUGGAAGACAACUCCAACGCUUCAAAGUAUACUCUUCUACAGAUGGCUAUCAUGCUGCAAAAGAAAAAAGUCAUUGAAUACCUUCUGCCGCAAGAAGACUUGGAUCUGAACACAAAGGCAACAGAUGGCAGCACCGCGCUCAUGACGGCGUGCGAUCAACAGGUGCCCAUAGACUGGGUGCAAGCCAUGCUGGAAAGGGGAGCGAGUAAAAGUAUAAAUGAUGAGGAUAGUGAAGGCCGAACGGCCCUUGAUCGAUGCGAGAAAGGCUCCCCUAUGUAUGAGCUGCUUGUAAAAUACGGCGCCACCCCACGACCCGAAAAACCACCCACGCCCCCUCCUGAGCCUGAGCCGGAAGCUCGCGAUCCAGAGAUUCCUCCUGCCAGUGGCAAAGAAGACGAAUUGCCGAAAGUCGUAAUAUCUGAUGACGUGCCUGGACUGGACCAGCACCCCGGCUUCUGGGGCUCUAUGUGUGGCUGCGGGGGACGUUCUCACAAGACGGAGGAAGUGCCGAUUCCUAUGGCUUGA